GGAAAAUGUGUUGGAAAUCAUUGAGUUUUGAGGUGAAUUUACUGUUGGGAAAGACAUUUUAGCAAUGCAGGUGGAACAUUCAUCUCAAAGUCUAUAUCACAACCGAUCGUUAUCCAAUACACCUGUGCGUACCUUUAUAAAUACCCCGACAAAAUCAAGACAUGUUCGAUUCUACGAUGUCGGAACCAAAAGUACCCGUUCCAGUGCGACGUCUGUCAGACGAUAUCUAGACUACAGUCACAAGAGUUCUCUUCCAAGAACUAAUGGCUAUGUGUCACCUGGCAAAUCUUCCACGCGCAGUGUUUCCCAAAAUUCGGAUAAAAACGGAGAGAUGCGCCAUUUUGAAUCUUCCACUAGUGACAAUUACGUGAAACGUUCCUCUACGAAUAAAUCUGAGGCCAAUACUCCUCGGUACAAAUUUCACUCUGGGGGCCACACCCCAGACAGUUCUCUCUUACUUGGUUCUAAGAAAGACGUAUCUAAACCGAAGACUCGUAAUGAUAAUUUCAGCUUUGCUGCAAAAUCAAGUAUUGACGCCGAUGAAGUGGACGAUACGGACAGUUUUUCCAAAAGAUCUGUUUCGGUCAAAGACAAUUCAAAAACGCCUACGAAGCAUACCUAUGGAAAGUCUGAAUUUACAACAAUUUUACAGCAAGACCAGAAAGAAGACCGGUCCCUUCGCACAAGUCCAAAGAAUAAGCAGGAAGAUCGAGUUAUAUAUCAGAAAAAGGAAGAAGCAAAUAAAAGGAUUGCUGAAAUCGUAGCACCAGAAAGUCCCAAAAAAGCAGACACAGUAAAACUACCUCCAACCAAACAAAAUGGUCAUCUUGUACAUGCGAACGAACCCGGGCAGACGUCAAAGGGCAAGAAGGCAGAAGACCGUGAUGGGAGACAGUUAGCAGACCCCAAAAAGAAAAAGAAAACUGAAGAAGAGUCUAACAGACAGGCAAAAUCAGCCCCGUCCAAAAGAAAAGAUGACGUCAAAGACCCUCCAAUUUCCCCCCAAGUUGAUAAUUAUACUCACAGAACUGAGUCCGACUCCCCUACUAAUGGAAAGAAGAAAGCAACAAAGGACCAAAACGAAAAAAACCGGAAAACACCAGCACCAGAAGCGAAAGAAAAUAAGGCAAAGAAUGGAGCAGUUCCAAACUACGCAAGAGGAAAUGAAAACGACAGAAGAGAAAAUGAAAAUCCGAAUAGAGCAUCUAAAGGACCAUCGGAGAAAAAUAGGAACAGCCAACAAACUAAUAAAACAAGAUCUGAAGAUGAAAGACACAAGGAGUCCCCCACAAACAGCAGUCCCAAUCACGACAAAAGUAGACCAGUCACAAAGGGUACCAGACAGGACCGAAAUCAUGUGUCAAAUUUAGACGAUCAAUAUUUUUCGCCCGAGCCAAAUUCUGAGGAAGCUUUGUUGAGGGAAGAAAAACGAGAACAACAGAUAAUGAAACUGAGACUUCCGAAAAAGAAUAGAUACGGUCCUGUCAGAGCUAAAGGGCUUCAGACACCUAGAACUCCGAGAACCCCUCGUAGCCGAACCCCUCGGUCACGAACGCCAAGAAAUCGAUACUACCGGAAACCGGGAUAUUCGCAUUCGGACACCGGAGAUUACCGAAGUCCUAGGAGGAAAAGUAUUCUUAAUAAUAAAGAAGCUGUUAUUUUAGAAAGGUCUCGGCCCAAUUCGUAUAAAUGGGAAAAUAAGCCUAUCUACAGACAUGAAACAAAGGAUUGGGAGGAUCAACGUGACGAAUUGACGUGGAGACCGUCUGUGAACAGUCCAACCGAUUGGUUGAGAGUGUAUGUUGGCGACAUUCAAAUUCGCGAAAAAAGUGCUAAGUCUAGGAAAAACAGUCCCGAAUCCACGGAACGGACUGUACGUCCUGGGGCUCCACAAAGAAAUUCUAACGAGUAUAUUUUAACAAAGAGACAAGUGCCCGUUUACAAGAAUAUGCAGUCUGUUUAUAACAAUAAAUUAAAAAGAGAUAAAGAGACGCGAGAGAAAAGAUUUUUCCAGAAAUUGCAAGAAUGUCAGUCACUGAAAGCAAGAAUGCAGAUUUCGGACCUCGUCGACCGCCAGCGGAAACGCGAAAUCACGAAACAACGACAACAAGAACAGUUAAAGGAACUUCGACAACGCUUCGAGGACGCUGCUUGGGUGAGAUUUAAUACUCAAUAUGUGACGUCACGUAUUCUUGAGCACGAAAAAAUGAAUCGCUAUGCUUACGGACUUCCAGAGGAAGUUGAUGGAGCUCCGGAGUUUGAAUCCAAAUUAAAGAGAAAACCACCUAAAAUCAAAGUGGAUUUUGGAAAACUGGAUAAAGCAAACAAGAAAAAGUACAGUUCAAUGUUCAGUAUUUAUAAGGGGCCUGAAUGGGAUCCAAUUUCCAAAACUCCGCCGAUGGAAGGAAUUGACACAGUGGAUAUAGACUACGAGACAGAUGGAGAACUUGACGACCACGAAGGAGUGGAGAAUGGCGGUGGACACAAGAAGGUAAAAACAAGAAGAGUCAAGGACGUUAUUCGUGAGGCAGAAAAAGAGAUGGCGGAUUUAAAAGCCAAAGACUCUAAAACUGGAGUCACUCCUAGACUUUCAGAAACAGAGACCAACAACAAAACCUCAGGUGAUAUAGAUUUGGACAGCGAUGACGACGACGAUGAUAUGUCAGAUAUUUUCGAAAGAGCGAGAAAGAAAUACAAUCUAGAAGUAGAUGACGAAACCAUGUCUAGAAGCCGGAGGUGAAAACAGAAUCACGUGACAUCGUUGUUUUCAUUGAUCCAAAAGUGCCUCUCCAGACGUCUUUUGGUCCUCUGAUUUCGUUUUCGAAAAGUUCGUCUUUUCAGACUUUUUAGUGUUAUAGAUAAGAUUUUACAUGAAUGUACAUUUGCGCACUGCCCAUUGAUUUAUAUUUAUUGUCUGAAUAAUUGUUACCGGAAGUGGUGUCCAUCAUCCUUGAGCACAGCUACUUUUU